AUGGGUGACGUAGAACGGGAUGCUCGAGCCAAGGAGCGAACGAUACUGCGUCGAGAUGGUGUAGUGGCCAGGAUUCGCCAUAUUCAUCAACUGGCUACUAGUUUAGCAACUAACCAGGCUGUUCGGCCUCAGUUAGCUGUUGCUAUUCAGGACCUGGAUGCAUUGUGGGCCAGUUUUGAGGUAGAGAAUAAUGAUUUGUUGUCAAUCCUAUCUAAUUUGAAUUUGCUGAUAGAGUUUCCAGUAGGGUUGGAUGUUGAGAUCCGUUCGUUAGUAGUGGAAAUUAAGGCUGUGUGGAAUGAAGCGCAACCGGCUUUAGGUGUGAGCGUUGGUACCGUUCAGCGAGUGACGUAUGAGACCACUGGUGACAAUUCGAGUACUUCUGCUGGGUCGUCCAAAGAUUGUCCAGCAUCAUAUGCGCCUUCACCUUUGGCACCCAUGAGACUACCUGAAAUCCCCCUACCAUAUUUCGACGGUGACUGCCAGAAUUGGCCAGCCUUUAGGGACUUAUUCGGAAAUUUGGUAGCCAAUAAUGACAAGAUUCUUGAUGUAACCAAGUUUUAUUAUUUGGUCGGGUGUCUUCACCCUGAUCCUCAGGAAGUGAUCAAAGGGUUUUCUAUUUCGAACGAGUCUUUCACCCUCGCAUGGGAUGCGUUGACCGAACGCUAUGACAAACCGCGCAAGUUGGCGUCGUCAAUCAUUGACAAAUUGAUAAACGCUCCUGUCGCAAGUUCGGAGAAUCAUGCUGCUCUGCAGAAGUUCCUGUCGGUGUUUGAUGAAAAUAUUGCGAUCUUGGAAUCAAUUCAGAUUCCAGAUUUAGCGUCGUUCUUGUUGUUUUCAUUGGCUGCUCGGUGCUUACCUACAUUUUCUAGACGUCAGUUCGAGUCUGAGAAUACUGAAGAGUAUCCAUCGAUCCAGAGUGUAAUCAAGUUUGUCAAGGCAAGGAUCCAGGUUAUCGAGAAUGCUGGUGUACAGCCGUCAGGAAGUUCGUCCAAACCGGCCAGUACCAAGAAACCUGUUUUCCGGCGAGAUGCUAAGACAACUUUAGUAGCUGCUAAGCCUUCAGCAGCUGCCAAACCUACAUCGUCCAAAACGACACAAGCAAGGUCAUCCUCCACGAAGUGUUUCUCGUGUUCUGGUGCUCACCAGUUGGACGGCUGUUCAAAAUUCAAGGCCUUGUCUGUCGAUGAAGGAUAUAAGGUCGUAUGCACUCAUCGUCUGUGCAUGGUUUGCUUUGGUGAAGGUCAUAUGUCAUACAAGUGUCCGUCAUCAUGUGCCACAUGUAAGCGCCGUCAUCAUGCAUUACUACAUCGUGACUCGGAUUCGAAGACUGUCAGUGCUCCAGCUGCCAUGCUUGGUCGGCAACAAUCCCCAACGGUGCUACUAGGGACAGCUCUGGUCCAAGUACAAGACACAGUGGGGAGUUGCCACACUAUACGUGCGCUAAUCGAUUCGGCUUCACAGAUAAGCGCGAUAACAUCAAACUGCUGUGAGCGAUUGGGACUCAAACCAUCGCGUUGGACAGUGCCCGUCACAGACUGUCUGGUCAAAGGGCGGUUGUACUCGUCCGGAGGAAAAGCUGAUGCCAGCUUAGAUCUAUCUUCGCACUCUUCGAGUGCUCCUUGA